AUGCGCAGGGCACGCAGCAGUUCACUCCACCCGAGUGCUUCGACGGCCAGGUCUCAAUCAAAGGAAAGCCGCGUGACAUGUGGUCCCUCGGCUGUGUGCUAUUUGCUCCUCGGUCCUGCUUUGUCCAGGGUUGCAGAUGUGGCGGCUAGUUGCCGCUAG